AUGGAACCAAUAACAAAUAAUUAUACAACAGUUGCGGCCUCUAAUGAACAAGCAUUUUCACAACAUGGAACUUCAUCAGAAUCCUCAAUGUUUAAAAAUAAUAACGACAACAAUAACAAUAACGGUAAUGGUGAUUCAGCAGCACAAAAGAUAACUGCAGUAGAAGAUUCCAUUGAUUCUUCAUCAGCAACAAUAAACAUUGAUGAAAAUAAUCUUGAAACUGUUGAAGAGGAUCCAUUUCUAUUGGUUUCACUUAGAAAAACUGCCACACCUACUAGACCUAAAUGUGUCAAUAUAUUAUAUUUAUUUGCCAUACUUGAUUUAUCUCUGGUAACUUUAUAUAUGAUCUAUUCACUUAUUAAACAUAAUGGUGAUCUAAAAUCAUAUCAAUGGGGCCUAGUAAUAUUAUGUUUCAUUAGAUUUAUAACAGUUAUGUGCAUUGCAUCAUCAAACAAGAUAAGAGAAUUACGUUCGAUAUUGGCAGGUGUAUGCUGUGUAAGUGAUGUUAAUUCAUGA